AAGUUCUCGCGAGAUUUCUCGCCGAGCCGCGAGGGGGAUCUGCGCUGUAUUGUGGGAGUUUCUUCCUUUCUUGUUGCCCGGCCAUCUUGGAGGCGCGUCUCGGCUACCGCCGGACCCGACACGAGGCAGCAACAUGGUGGCCGCGAAGAAAACGAAAAAGUCGCUAGAGUCCAUAAACUCAAGGCUUCAACUGGUUAUGAAAAGUGGUAAAUAUGUGCUAGGGUACAAACAGACUCUGAAAAUGAUUCGGCAAGGCAAAGCCAAGUUGGUCAUCCUAGCCAACAACUGUCCUGCUUUGAGAAAAUCAGAGAUUGAGUACUAUGCUAUGUUGGCAAAGACUGGUGUGCAUCACUACAGCGGCAACAAUAUAGAAUUGGGUACAGCCUGUGGAAAAUACUACAGAGUGUGCACACUGGCUAUCAUUGAUCCAGGUGAUUCUGACAUCAUUAGAAGCAUGCCAGAGCAGACCAGUGAGAAGUAAAAGCUGGAGAGCUGUCGUCCUUUCUAUAAUAAAACUGGUUAUAGACUUGUUUUAAAAAAAACAACCGUAUUUUGUAUUAAUUAUACUGUUGCUAGUUUGGGGCACAAGUUUGCAAAUAGAGAUUGAUUACCAUGGCUGUGCCUCCUUUCCUGUUACAAAUGUGUUCUACAAAAAACAGUGAAACUUUCCAAAGGCUUUGGAUUUGAAUAGGGCAGGUAGAAUAAGAAUCCCUGAAAAUCCUAAUAGUUUGUGCUUUAUUUUGUUUUGCAUGGUUAAUUUAAGAGUAGGAGGACAUAAAACAGCCUAAAAACUUAAUCUAAUUUCAUUUAAGGUGAGUCUGAGGUAGGUAAGCAAAGUGUGGGGUUGGGAGAAUUUUGUUUAAAAAUAUAUAGAAGGAAGGGACUUAUUUGAACUAAAAAUUACUUUUUUUUUUUUUUUUUUUUUUUAAAGAUCCAGGAAAGAGAUGAGAUUUUUUUUUUCCUCUUCAUUCCCAGGGAAGUGUUGGAAUUAUUUAUGUAGGGUAUAAUUUUAACCAUAAAAUCUUUUAUUAAAUCAAAA